AUGUCAGAUGCUAUUAACUUUCAUUUUAUUUAUCCGCAACAAACUUCACAUACUAACAAGAAUCAUCAUCUUCGAAAGCAACAACCUGCUAAUAAAUUCAUUAACUCAUAUCUUUCGACAGCUGCGCACUAUCUUAAUCGAACCAAAAGCUUUCAUGUACCAUCAAACACAACACUAACAAAUAAUCCGAAUAAUAACACUUGUAUUCAAAUAGACAACAAUUCUCAACAACAACAAUCUUAUUUAACAAAUAAUUCUCAGUUGGCAAGAUCUGUACCUUCAAAUAUAAAUAAUCUUAAUCCGCCAUCAACAAUCUAUCAUGAAUAUCAAUUUCAACCAGUUUCAUCCGAAAUAAAAUCAAAUAAAAAUUAUAAAUCACCCGGAAUUGUAAAUACUUUACGUAAAUCAUUAAGAAAAAAUAAGGAAAGAUUUUAUAAUAAACGAUCAACAACAAUGAAAUCUUGUCAUUCAUUAAGUAAUUAUGAACAAUCACCAAUUAUUCUACCACAAACAUCAAUGACACCAACAUUACUUUGUCGUCAUCAACAUAUAGAAACUAAUACUAGGCCAUGUAUACCCAUAACAAUGAAAUAUGAUAGUUCAAUAAAUUUUAUCAAUAAUAACAAUGAUGAAGAAGAUGAUCAAAUGCCUCCACUUCAAUCGUUAAAUUCAAAUGGACGAAAUCGAAUAUUAACUAGUAGUCCUAUUUGUCCAUCGACGCCAUUUACAAAUCAUCAACAACAAGCAUCGAUUUUACCAUUAGCUGCAUCAUUACAAUCACUUUCACCUAUAACACCAAAUAUUACAACUUCAGAUCAGGGAAAUAAUGUUCAACAACAACAAACAAUAAAUCCUGAUCAAGAAGAAAAAGAACGAUUAAAAACUGAUUUAACACAGUUAAAAAAUGAGUUACAAAAAUCAAAAGAAACAAUUGCACGUCUACAAAAAAGUGAAGAACAAAUGCGUGAAAGGUUAGCCGAACAAGCUCAACGGCAAUUAGAAAAAGGUGGUAAAUUUGAAGAUUUAAAUCAAAUAUCUCGUCCAACUGAAUUAAUUCGUUCAUAUAAUACACUUUAUUCUCAAUCUCGAAUUGAUGCACUUGAUGCAUUAGAUAAUAUUCAUGAAAUGUCUAAUGCAGAAGAUUUAAAAUCAAAAUUAUUAUUUUCAGUUGUUGUCCUUGCUUUUCGUCAUGCACAAAAUCAUGCGAAAGAUAUUCGAAAUAAAAUCAAACAAAUUCUUCAAUUAACUAAUGAUAAAAGUUCAAUUGUACUUGAAGAAACAAUUGAAAAAUAUUUAAGAACUACAAUACAAAAAUAUGAUGUUGGAAAAAUUAUUUUAGAAGUAGAAAAUCAAUUAUGGACUACUCUAUAUGAUUAUCCACGUUUAAAAUCUUGUAAUGAAUUACUUAAAUAUAUCAAUAAUGCAUGUCGAACUGCAUGGGGUCUUGUUAAUCAAACACCUCCAUAUUACAUUGAAUUUCAAACAAUAAAAUAUGAUAAACAAAUUCAUGAACGUUUUCAUACAUCGGAUAAAGAAAGUGAAACUAUUGUUGAAUAUAUAUGGCCAUGUUUAAUUGAUGGACGUGAUCGAGCCUGUGUUGCAAAAGGUGUAGUUAUAACUGAUGAACGAUUUUUAUCAAUAUCAAAAACUAUAUCAUCUUAG